GGCUGGUGCGUAUUGUGCAAGAAGGGAGCAGGAAGCAGGGAGAGCGCGUUACAAGCCUCGUGGAGGAUUACACGCACAAACGCGCAGGGAAGAUCCACGCACGUUCAGCAUGCAUUCAACCCCUUUCAUGUGAUACUGUCCCGGGCCGGAGCCGUCUCUGCAGGAGGCCGUUGAAACCUCCCACCAUGGCAGAAGGGGGCUGCGCGCAGGGCGAGGAGGAGGACGCGGGUCUGUCCCGGGGCAGCGGCGUCUGCAAGUGGUUCAACGUGCGGAUGGGCUUCGGCUUCCUGUCCAUGAGCAGCAGGGACGGAGCUCCUCUGCAGCAGCCGCUCGAUGUGUUCGUCCACCAGAGCAAACUACACAUGGAGGGCUUCCGCAGCCUCAGAGAGGGCGAGGCCGUGGAGUUUACCUUCAAGAAAUCCUCCAAAGGUCUGGAGUCUGUGCGGGUCACCGGGCCAAGCGGAGCGCCGUGCCUGGGCAGUGAGAGGCGACCAAAGAGCUCCCAGAAACGACGCUCCAAGGAGGACAAAUGCUACAACUGCGGAGUUCCGGGCCACCAUGCCAAAGAGUGUCAGCUACCCCCUCAGCCUAAAAGGUGCCAUUUCUGCCAGAGUGUUUCCCACAUGGUGGCAAACUGUCCGGUCAAAGCACAGCAGCUGCAGCAGCAGCAGCAGCAUUCAUCAGCAGUCGCUCAGGGAAUGGCCCCCUCACCGAGGGAAGAGGAAGAGGAGCAAAGUCAGACCACCCUCUGAAAAUGAACCGGAUGGUUCAGGGAAACUUGUCAGGUUUUUGACUGGAAUUUAUAGAGAGAACUUCCUCAGGGUUUUAUGUAUUGAGCAACCGAGACAUCCCAGUGGUGUUGAUGUGAAGUGUUGUUCUGUAGAGAGAUGACUGACAUAUCGACUGUGACUUUUUUUUCCCGUUUUUUUUUUUGUUGUUGCUUUUUUGCCUUAGAUAAGUGUCCUAGCUUUGGAAUGAAACAAUCAGAUUAACCGUUGAAACCUCUGUGUUGUAGCAUAUAAAGUCCCGGUUUGGACUAAAUGACAUUUGCCUCAGUAAACAGAGGCUUUUACAUAAUACAAACAAGUAUUUCUGGUUUACAAAUCUCUAGAAACUGUACACAUGUCAGGGUGUGUGUGGUGUUCUCGUAAGGAAAAGGCUCGACUUAUCUCCGGGUAGCAGAUCUAUGAAACCUGAACGAAUGUAAUAAUAAACCUUUUACAACACAUGUGUUGGCAUAUCCUAACAGGUGUAACAAGUAAUACUUAUGAUGGCUGUUUGGAUAUCACCUGAUUACACCCUGGUACUGAGCGGGUGGCACAUCUGCUGUAAAGAAUAGAAAAAAAAAGAGUGUAAAGAAAAAAGAAAUGUCAAAACUUUAGAAUAGUUAAUAGAAGUGGAGAAAAACAAACAGAGGGAACAUUACAAGUGUGAAAGCGUACACCGAUCAGCCGCAAUAUUAUGACCACCUUCCUGAUAGGUCUCCCUUGUGCCUCAGUUGUAACUCAUUAGUGAAUAGACAUGGGCCUUCUGAGGGUGUCCUGUGGUGUCUGGAAACAGAAUAUUGUUA